CUUGGCACCUUCGACAGCCUUUGUGUCUCCUCCGUCAAGCUCAGGAUAGAGGUGCGAAAGAAAGGUCAGACGAGGGCCCCUCCUGGCCCAUCCGACCUGUUCGGCGAGAGGGACCCGGGUUGGCGACGUCAGGUUACGCGGUGAGGCCAGGCAAGGGCACGUCGAACCUCUUCAGGUCUUGGGUCUUCUAGCCAUCAUCGUAGCGCUGAUCAACGCAGAGAUGGCACCUCAAACUGCCGUCACUAUUACGCGGCUCGAGCCCGCCGUCUUUCUGCGAGGACAGUCUGCUUCUGGUGAAGAUGGACGAGGCCGACGCCGUCACGUCAACCUGGACGCUCCACCCUCUCAACUGCGAGCGCUUCUGUCUUUGACAUUGCUAAAGCCCUCAAAGAUCAAAGACAUUUCCAUUAGCUUGACUGGAAUCGCUCGCACGGAUUGGCCUGAGGGAAUCGGUCCCAAUCGACUCGAAUUGAGCGAAGAGUCCGUCAUCAUCAAACAGGUGGUCUCACUUUUCAAUGCCAAGAGGGAGCGACAUAUGGAAAACAGGCUCGAGGCUGGCGGCAACGGCCGAAGGAGAUGCACAAGUGAGGGCGAGUUGAAUCACGGUGGUGAAGCCUCCCAAGACGAGUACCGUUCUGAUGGUGCAAGCGAACACCGUCCAUCGUCCUCUAACGAGCCGGACCGGCACUUCCCUGGCUCCAACUUUAGGCGCGAGCAGACCUCCUUGACCCCAAAUGGAUCCAGCUUCAAAGACAGCCUAGCAUCUGCGAUGGUGCUGAUCCCUCCUUCGCUUCGCGGUGUUGACAUGGGUGCCGUGAACCGUGCACGGCAACGCGAGAGGGAGAGAGGUAAUGAAUUGCAUCAAGGGAAGCAAUUGCAAUUGUCCAAUUUUCGCACUUUCUCUGAAGCGCCAGAACAACUCUCCCUUGGUCAGAACGGCGUCGGAAGGCUCGGAACGGCCAGAGGCUUCAACGUCUCGGCGGCAGCGCCUGUGGUGGACAGUCUGGGAGCGAUGACUCGCUCUUGUUCCUCCGGUGGUCUCCCGCCGAGCUCGGCAUCGGGUGUAGCCAAGAGCACGGAUCCAUAUUUGAGCCCAGCUAACGACCGGGUGCUUAGCCCUCUGGAAAAAGGCUUGCUUAAGCUCAGUAAGGUCAAAGCCGGCUCCAGCGGUAGUGGACCCAAAGGCAAGGACAAGGGCAAAGGAAAAAGCAAAGAUGGCAUUGAAAACUUUGAUCCUGGGUAUGGAUGCGUUUCAACGCCACCCAGAGGUGGAAGCCAAAGUCUGCCCGUCUCCCGCGUGCAGACGCCUGUUGCCACCGCUCCUCUCCUCACCGAGGACGCUCAAGCUUCCGGCCUGGCCGCGGAUGGCGACAACGAAGGGCCAGCAGGGGACUAUUUUGGGGCGAGCGCACCAGGUGUUUCUUCAUUCGCGGCUGGUGACAGUGGCGGCUCUUCAGCCGUACCUUGGGACGACCCGCCUAUGUACACUUACUACAAUUCGUUACCGCCAUGGCCUGCGACUGAAACUGCAGGCACAGCGAAGAUGGACGAGGAGAGGCAAUCGCCGGGGGCAACAACAGAGACAGCGACCAUGUCGACAGCACUUGAGCCUAUUUCCUCUUCGAUGACCGGCGUGCAAAGCUCGAGCACGGAAAGGGAGUCGACGGCCGCCAGCUCUGUAUCUGAGAGUGGCAGCAAACCACUGUCGCCUUUCCGAAAUUCCUCCUCCCCGUCUCUACCAGCCAACGCUCAUGCAUGGCGUGGCGCGCCGGCACCGGAGACAGUCUGGGCCGCGGGACCUAGCGGCAAGGGCAUCUUACAGCACAGCGGACAAUCAAAAGGCAAAGGCAGAGUUGCGCCGCGUAACGAGCAGGUCAGAUUCGAUGCUGCUGCCUUAGCUUGCGCGGCACUCAUCGACGCCGACAUUCAGAACGAAGGUGGUGCUCAGCAAGCGCCUGUGCCCAGCUCGCCGAAAGUGCCAUCAGCUUCAGCUUCCACUGUGGCCCUCAAUGAGCCCAUUCCACAUCGCGUGGACUCUCAUUCUUCGGCAACAAGCAGCCGAACGACGCUGGAGAGGCGCUCCUGUAGUGCCACGUCUAGUCCAGAGCAUCCUAUCAAUGGUUCAAGUGCUUCAUCCCCGCUGCUUCUUACCGGCACGGGCGAUAAACCGAAAGACAAGAGUCCAAUCCGGUCCAAUUCUGUGCCAGGCUCAGGCGUGGCGUGGACCGUGCAGUCUGCUAGUCCGGGAGCAGGUGCAGUAAAAGGCAAGGAAAAAGGCGGUCUGAAAGGCUUGCUUAGCGGGCUGAACCAUGAUCACAAGAGCAAGGAGCGCGAAAGGGACAAAGAUAAGUCGGAAAAGAAGAGCUUCACGCCUAGUCGUGAGCGCGAGAGGGAGCGCGAUAAAAAGGAACUCAAGGAGCUCGCGAAAGGGGAAAAACAGGACUCAAAUUCGGAGUGGCAAGAGUUCAAAGCAGGUGCGUACACGUUCCCUAUCUGCAUUCCGCUGCCCAGCAAUCUUCCGCCCACCCUGCAUGCCGAUUUCGGUUCGAACCAAUAUACACUCAAAGCUCUUGUGCAGCGAGCAGGCGCUUUGACGCCGAACUUAACAACUGAACGCGAGGUUACCUUCAUUCACGCGCCAGACGAAGAUGAAAUGGAAGGUUCAGAUGCCAUCGUCGUCCAGCGCACUUGGGAGGACGCGCUUUCGUAUGUCGUGGUCAUCAGCGGCAAGAGCUUUCCGCUUGGAAGCAAAAUUCCCAUGUGGCUGAAGUUCGUUCCCCUGACCAAGGUCAAGAUUCACCGGAUCGUGGCAACGAUGGAGGAGAAGACAGACUACUACGCGAAAAACAAGCGCGUCGCGCGACACGAGGUGCCAAGGCGAUGGAAUUUGCUCAAGCUUGCCAACUCCAAUCACGAACCGCUGUUGCCUUUGCUUGACGAUUCUCCGGACGCGCUGGCCACUUCCGUGCUUGGUCCCUUUGUCGCAGCCGCCGCCGAAGAUUCAUCGGAUGCACUGCCGACCAUGUUGGACCCAAAUGGUCCAUGGGAACUGGUUGCAGACCUGGAACUCUCGAAGAAGCUGCACAGAAUCAACUUAUCAUCGAACCACAAGCGCUCGAACAUCGCUGUGCACCAUAUGCUACGCCUCACAAUCCGUGUCGAGCGCGAGGAGGACAAUCGCGAUGUCCCUGCCGACGGAAAACGUAGGCUGUUCGAUAUUGUCAUUGAGGCGCCUAUCGCACUCAAUCACUCGUACACAAACGAAGAUUGGAUCAAGUUGCCUAACUAUGACCUUGCAAGAGAUGACGUCUCACCGGGGAGCGCGAAUCCGCCUCCCCCACCACCACCCAUCGACCAGCAGGACCGGUCCCCACCGCCGGCCGUUCUCCGAGCGUUCAGUCCGACAGUCGCCAGAAAGCUCUCCGAACAGCGCCACCAGCCUGCGCCACGCAUGGAGGCCGCCGCGAGUCUGGGCACGACGGCGAGCAGCAGCAGUCGGCAAUUGACGCGGCGCUGGCUCGCACUCAGUGAAACGGCCGGCCGCUUCGGCGCGCGGCUCGAGUUGCCGGGCGAGAGGCGCGUAGAGAGCGCAGACGACCCUCUGCCUCCACUCGAGCCGCCGCCACCAUCGUACCAAACCGCGGUGUUCUCGCGGCCGGUCUUGAUGCAUGCCGGCAGCGAGGACGCCGUUGCGCAGGUUGACUAGCCUAUCGAUAUUUUAAUACCUACCCACAGGUCAUUUGUAUAGUAGAGAGCAUUAUCGCAGUCAAACGGGGCUUAUUUUGUGGACGGUCGUAUCAUAAUACAAAAAGACGAUU